GCUGAUCCCAGAGAUAGAACGCUGGUGGGCAGCGUAGCCACCCGCACCACUUGGCAAACGAGCUGCGGCUCGUUCUCAACUUUGCCAAAAACCCAAUUUCCCAGUACCGGGGGAUUUGCCCAGUUGCACGGCCCAUAUUCUCUACGGUUCGCAAGUAACCCGCGGCCGCCACCGCCACCGCCGCCAUGGCGCCUCGGGAGCUGCUCUCCCGCCUGCGCCUCGCUCCUCUCCUCCACGACGGCCACCACCUGCGCCGCUUUCUUUCCGCCGCCACCCCACCACCAGACGAGUCGACUCCCGGUGCACCGCCGCCGCCCUCCAACUCGAGGCUCUUCGUUGCCGGGUUGUCGUGGUCCGUGGACGAGCGCUCCCUCACGGACGCCUUCUCAUCCUUCGGCACCGUCACCGAAGUUAAAAUAAUGUAUGACAAAAACUCUGGAAGGUCAAGAGGCUUUGGAUUUGUUCACUUCUCAAAUGAUCACGAGGCUAAGUAUGCCAAGGUUGCUAUGGAUGGAAAGGUAAUGCUAGGGCGGCUAUUGCGGAUAAAUUUUGCUCUGGACAAAGUCCGUGGUGCACCAAUUAUUGUUCCUCGACCUUCUACGCAUGGAGCGACAUGGCCUUAUACUGAUAGUAGUGGGAGCAUAUAAGGAAGUAGAAAAGGUUCAGUACUCCCAGGAUGGCAAUAAAAUAGUAGUAGUAGUCAAGUUUCCCACUGUUAAUAUUGUCUGUUAACCAGCUUGUGUGACCAUGUCUGGUGGUAACCUUUCUUGUGAUGUUUACCAGCCCAAUACUCAAGUAGUUUGCUCCAGCUAAAGUAGAGAAUAAUAGGGCUCCGGCUAGGGCUUGCAUAUGCUCUGGAAACUGCGUAUUGUAGAAUUCUAUUUGUCCAACCGCAUUGAAGGCCUCAGCAAUACCCAUUAAAACCAGUUGAGGUGCAAGCCACAAGACUGUCAGAGGUGAUAUCCCUCCAUUAGAUAAAGCUGAGUUCCUUCUUUUACAUUCAACAAGUCCUGCUACCACCAUAGAAAUGGUAGAAACCACUAAUCCUACACCCUGUCUCUGUAGAAGUGUAAUUCCACCUUCCAGCCCUGUGUAUUGUCUAGCAAUAGGUACUAUAAUUCGGUCAUAAAUGGGGAUGAACACAAUUAGGGCGAUGAGUGAUAUGGAUAUAACAGAGCCUGAUGGAAUUUCGAAGUGUGGCCCAAGGUGACAGUCCAUAGUAAACGUUUGCAAUAUUAUAAAAGUGAAUUGCUGAGCCAUUGCAAGGAAGCAUAUGAUGCCAGAAAAAAAAAUAGGCACAAUUCUUAUCAAACAUUUGACUUCCUCUAUUUGCUGGAUACUGCAAAGUUUCCAUGGGAUUCUUGCAGAACCAUCAUCAUUUAUAUCACCGCCCCUCAUAAUUGCACCUUUGUUCAGAAACCUGAGGAUGAAGGGUUUGAAACGCAUCAUCAGACAAUCCUAGCAUGUCUUUGAUGUUACUUUUCACUUCAUUCAAGAAUGUAUAGCCUACUCACUACACAUCCUUGCUUGCAUAGAGCAUCAUCUAAUAUAAUGUCUAGUUGCCCUGUAUGUUAUUUGCCUGUAAACAGAUAUCAUAGUGGUUUUGUGUCAAUCGAACAGAAUGCUCAUGCAAUUUGGAUAUACAUAAUCUGUAUGGGUGAAACAUCCUGCUCUUCAAGUAUUCCAGCUUGUUAGAGCUAGUGAAUAAACAUUAGGUAAUAUGGUUUGAUUAAUCAUUGAAAAUUAAUUCGCUUGGGAGAAUCAGGUUGCUUUUGGAAAUAUCUCAGUAUGAACAUAUUUUCAGAUCCUUCAUUUUGGCUAGUUCUAAUAGUGGGUUUUCUUACUGAUGUGAUAGAGCUAGUGAAGUGGGGCGGUAUAUAUGUUACCUCUUACCUGAAUUGCGAAGUAAGUGGCAGUCUGAAAAUAAGGUUGCCCCUUGUGGGAGAGUUGUAGAGCAUCAACUCUUGUUGAUUUAUAUCAUGUGGACAUGGAAGCUUGAGUCUUCUCUUUUUAAAUGAUGCCACUAAAACUUGCAAAAUUCCAGAGAAGAUGCUGCCCUCUGGUGGUACAUGGACAUAGAGUCUGGUACCGGCAUAGAAGAUGAUAAUUGCCAGAAACAUGAAGAAUGUGGGUAUGCCAAAUCCUAUUGCCCAGCUGAUGUUCUGGAUGUAGAUGAGAAUAGUCGUAGAAAACACCAGGGCAACAGUACUUGUGCCAUAGUACCAGUUAUAAUAGCUGUUUAGGCUCUUUCGACUUUCUUCAUCGGUCUUAUCAAAUUGGUCUACUCCAAACGGCAAGCUGCAGGGCCGGAUCGCUCCACCACCGAUAGUUAGGAGCCCUAGGGAAAGGUAUAGCACACUCAUCUGGAGCGUUGAUGGACUAGUGCAAUGUCCACCUAAUUGGGAUGUUUGGUUGCAGAUUGGCGGUUUGAGAGCUGGAAGUGACGCAGACAAAGUCAUUCCCAGCAUCCCCUGUUUUGUAGGAAAUAAAUACACAGAUUAGAAAAAUGCUCAUCUCGACGAACUAUGAACUCUGAAGCAACACAGUUCCAUGAACUUUUGAUAUUUGCAAGCAUUUUGAGAAAAUCUAGUACAGUUGUGAUGUCCAUGAUUUUUUUAAGCUUGUGUCGGGUUCUCUAUCAAGGAAGUCCAAUGUAACUAGAUUAUGCAUUCUAACCUAAAAGUGUUGAGUUACGUGUCAUGAUUAUUUGUAGUUAAGCUACAUGAAGCACUGUAGACUGCAUGGUGUAGCUGUAGCAUGAUCUUAAUGGGAAGUAUGGUCAUCUGGACUGUGAUUCCUUACAACAGCUUGAACCAGUAAAAAAAAUAUUUCCUGGGA